UGGAUGUCUGGUUUUGCAAGACAUCGCUGAACAGCUUGUGGUUUUUGUACAUCUGCGUGGCUGCAGGGCGGAAAAUGAUCGACACCAGUUUCCUGUGGUAUCGAAGGCUCACUUUAAAAGGGGUUCGGUGCCGUGCAUUCGCUCACUUCUUGUCUCACAGCGAUCAUCUCUGCACUGCCAGGCUCCCAUUGGUCCGCAUCAAGAUGAGUCGCUACAUCCUCAUUGCUGUCCUCUUUCUCUCCUUGUGCAGCAUCACUAAGCAAGAAGACUAUCGCCGUCCAACCAAAAUUGUUACAAGCUGCUGCAAGUCCGUUUCUUCUGCUGUUGUCAACUUGGACAUCUUGAGCUAUGAGCACCAGCCUGCCCUGGGCCCCUGCGUUGAGGCCAUUGUGUUUCAAACAAAUAAGGGGAAAGUGUGCUCCAACCCAAAGGCCCGCUGGGUUUCUAAGAAAAUAAAAGAGAUGCAAAAGCCUGCGUGAGAAGUUUCCAGAAAGAGAGCAAAGCGCCAGUUUUUCCCAAGAAAACCUCCCAACCUGCUUCAUCGCUUCUUCAGGAGAAACAAACUGCACUGCAUGUAUGUGGCUUCCGAGAGAAGUCAAGAGCCCGUGAACCGACGGCACACUUUUUAAACUUAGUUUCUUUUCACUGAGCUCUUUGUUGAGAAAUCUGCGCGACACAAGGACCGUAAAUACUUGCUUUCUGGAAAUGGAAAACAAUCGAGUUUCAUUUUACUAUAAUUUGUCAAUCAUUAAAAUUUAGACGUACUGUAUUUUUCAGUACAAAGUAGCAACUGAUCCAUUGUGACACAUAAUCACUUUCUUAUACGUUGAGACUGAAACCAGUGUUUUUAUACAUUUUUCAACUUUUGCACUCAAAACGGAGGAUAUCAGAAAGGGAUCAAAAUCUCAACCAAGUAUGAA